AUGGAAUCAUCACCUGGCGACAAUACAUCAAUUGAUUUAGUGCCAACAGCUGGGCCAAGUUUGACUUGUAUGCAGAAUAUUGUUCUCCCAAAAAAAUUUACUAAGGUAGGACGUCUCACACCAACAAUACAAUUAGAUGUUGACGAUACUUUGGUAAAAUUUGGUGAGAAAAUACGCGAUCGAUGGCUUAUCAAAGGAUUAAUUGGUAGUGGAGGAUAUGGAGAAAUAUAUUAUGCAACAGAUUUGAAAAUGAGUGGGGAAUCAGUAGCUGUUAAAGUAGAACCUGUGAUAAGGAAGGGAAAAGUAUCUAGACGAAUGAUCCUAGAGCAGAAAGUAAUGUUACGUCUGCAAGGUCAACCUCAUGCACCUCUGAUGUGGGGUUCCGGAACGGAACGUGGCCUAAAUUAUAUUGUAAUGCAAUUACUGUCAACGAAUGUCGCCGAUCUAAGAAAGCAGUGCCCCUUACAACGAUUAUCAAAAGCUACCUCAGGACGAAUAAUGCAACAGGCAAUAGCUGCCCUUCGUGACAUCCAUAAAAUGGGAUAUAUUCAUAGAGAUGUAAAACCUGCCAACAUGUGUUUUGGUCUGACCAAAAAAAGCACCAGGCGCUUGAUCAUCGUGGAUUAUGGUUUGGCGAGAAAAUUUCGGCAAUCGGAUGGAAAACCAAUAGAGAGAAGAAAACGAGCUGGUUUCCGUGGAACAUUGCGUUACGUGUCAAUGCGUGUACAUGAUCGGGAAGAGCAAGGACCAUCAGACGAUUUAAUCGCACUUUUUUUCACGCUUAUAGAAAUACUUAAAGGAGAAUUACCCUGGAAGGAUGAAAAAAAUGAUGAAAAAAUGAAAAGUGCUAAGAUGGAGUUGGUGAAAAAUGAUUUUGUCAAAAUAUCCGAAAACUUUGGUUCCAGCUUGGGUGAAUACGGUCGAGCAGUAAUGACAUUAGCUGUAGAUGCCGAACCUAAUUAUACAUUUUUAAUUUCAGUCAUGAAGAAUUUGGCUGGUAAUCGACCUUUAAACGAUCCAUAUGAUUGGGAAAAUGAUUAUCUGGAAGUGCUAAAGGAAUAUAAAUAA